CUCCCAGCUCCACGAGUCGCUUCUCCCUGCUCCGCGCUGGAGCCUGCCAACACGCUCUCUAGCAGGAGGCUGCGGGAACCACCAUGGGGGAGGUCCUGGUUCUGGUGGAUUUUGCUGGGCAGCGGGAUGAUGAGCUGCAGCUGAAAGCCGGGGACAUUGUGCAGAAGGUGGAGUCGGGCCCGGAGGAGGGGUGGCUGCAGGGGGAGCUGGCUGGCAAGACGGGGCUCUUCCCCCGGCAGUUUGUGCAGGAAAUCCCAGCGUCUCUCAUGGCUGACGGAGGUCGGAGGUGCCCCCGCUCGACCCGCUUUGCGAAGAAGCCGCCGGUGCAAGGGCAGCGCUGGUGCAAAGUGAACUUCAGCUAUACACCGGAGAAGGCGGAUGAGCUGCAGCUGAAGGCCGGGGAGCUGGUGCAGAUCCUGCAGGAGAUCGAGGAUGGCUGGUGGCUGGGCAGGAAGAACGGCCAGGUUGGUGCUUUCCCCUCCAACUUCGUCCAGGAGCUGGACAGGCUGCCCCCAGGGCUGGUGGCCCCAGAGCCCCUCCUGAAGAAUGGGGCUGGGAAGCAGAGACCGAAGCUGACUGAUGAGACCUUCAUCGUAAAGGAGGCAGAGAAGCCAGAGCCCCCCAAGAAGUUGGAGAAGCCCAUCGCCGCAGCCCAGAACCCCCCGCCAAGCCAGCCCCUGCAGCCCUACUGCGAGGCCGAGUACUGCAAGGCCAUGUUCGACUACGAGCCGGAGCUCCAGGACGAGCUGCAGCUGAAGAGAGGAGACGUGGUUUUGGUUCUCUGCAAGGAGACGGAGGAGGAGGGCUGGUGGGAAGGGGAAUGUGGUGGCAAGAGAGGCCUCUUCCCCGAUAAUUUUGUGAUGCUGCUGCAGCCCCUGGUGCCAAAGCUCAGUUCUGCCCUCCUAGCCUGGUACCCGGCUCCUGCUCCGCCGGCCGCUUGCCCCGGGCAGCACCGGUCCCUGGAGCUACGAAGGGAAGAGCCCGGGACGCGUCUGGCUGGGGGUGAGCUGGGGUGGGAGGAGAGAGAAUCCUUCCCAGCUGCAGGGACUCUGAUGGCCCCUCGUUCUGCCCUGUGCGGUGCUGGCCUCGCCCGGCUCCGAGGCGCUCUGAACACGGGGCAAAGAAUGGCCAGGAGCCGCCGCAGGAUGUGCCCCUCCUGCUCAUCGGGCUCUGCUCUGUUGCAGAUUAAGGCGGUGGUGCCCUCGCGGAGCCAGGAGUCGAUCUUCAGGCCGGAGAAGAAAGUCUCCAGCGCCAUCAAAGCGGAGCUGCGGCCCCCACACGAACCCAAAGAGCCCAAGGUGCAGAAGAAGAUGGACCUGCCCAAGAUGAACCUCCCUGCCAGCAAGAAAGCGGCUCCAGCCCCUCCUGUCCCUGCCAAGACCAAACUGGUCUCCAGCCUUGCCGGCAGGCCCCCCUGCACCCCGACGAACUGUGUCCCAGCCAGUGCGGAGAAGAGCAAGCCCAAGGACCCAGAUGCAAAUUGCUUUGAUGCCAUCCUGAUCUCCAAUGCCAAACUGAGCCACCCGACCACGACCCGUCCCAAAAUGCCAGGCAGGAAGCCUCCCAGCCAGCCGCCCACUAGCUCUCCGGACGUGAAGGUGCCUCUGCUCCCAGCCAAGAGCAGCGUCCAGGCCAGGGAACUGCAGCCCCUGGAGAGCUUGGGCGACCCCCCCAAGGCGCAGGAGAAGCUGUCCCUGGAGGAACUGGUGGCCGAGCUCCGGUCCCUGCGCAUCCUGAUGGACCUGAUGAGGGUGCAGCACCAGAAGGACAUGGAGGAGCUCAAGAUGGCAAUCAAGGAGGAGCAGGCCAAGCGUAUGGUGCUGCAGGUGGAAAUCGAGAGCAUGAAGCAGAUGCCUGCCCUCGAGGGAGCAGGAGUGGCUGGGCCGGGCAGUGAACUGGAGGUACUGCCGGCCACGCUGUGACGUCCACUGUGCAGAUGCCUCGCUCUGCAAACUCUGCUGGGGCUGUUAAACUUGCAAGAGAAUCACUGGCCGUUGAUUCCUCUUGGUGUCUGUUCACCCCGAGGCCAGCUCCCUGCCACGGGGAGUGGGGAGAAGGCCCAGAGCCCCUCCAGCUCCUCUCCUGCUGCGUCUGCUCACUGGGCCCUCCCUCGGGGGAAGCACUGUGAGGGGCUCUGGGCCAUGCGGCCCCCUGAGCGCUGUGGUGGGGCUCAGCCCUUGGCCUGCUGUGGGGCCCGCUGGGCUGACCCUCUGGGGGAUACUGGUUUUGUGAUGGGCAGCAUGGGGCACCUAGGGGCUGCCAGGGGAGUUAGCAAUGCCCUAGCAGGACCAGAGUGUGAAUGCUGGCAGCGCACAGGCCUGGUCUCGCCAGGGGGUGCUGGCUGCUGCCUGGAUUUGGGCAGUCAUCACCCCCCGAGCCCCGUCACCUGCUCAGCUCCAAAUGUCCUGCCUAUAGAUCAAAGGAGGCCCCUCCGUCCCCCUGCCCCGGGAGAGGCCGCCCCAUGUCCCAGCAGCAUCUGUCCCUCUCUGGAGAUUGGUCCUGAGCUCCUGGCUCUCCUCUUCUGCCCUGACCUGUCCCAGCCUUGGCCUGUGUGUGUGUGUGUGUGUGUGUGUGUGUGUGUGGAGCCAUCUUUUAGCCCAGCACAACUCUCAAAGCCCAUCUGUGACCCUAGCCCUAAAAUCUCCCGGGGGGCUGCUGAUGCUGACCCCUCCCGGACAAAAAUCCCAGCCCUGUGCUGCGCGUCAGCCCUGGGGUCACCUGACCCCGGGCUCUGACUAGACCAGGAUGACAGACUUUGGAACAGCUUCGCCCUAGUGCAGACAGCUAUCUGCAUUGUCCUGCUCAGCUGGCCCUGUGGAGUGAGCUCCCUCCCCCCAGCUAACGCGUUACAUCCUGCCCUGUCCGCACUAGGGCACUCAGAUGUGUUGGCUAAGCUGUCCCUGGGCCAGGCGUGGGUGCGGGAAUCCUCAUCCUAGUUAACCUGGGAUAACUCGUGCAGGCUGGACCCACGUGUCCACAGGGUCCCCCACAAGUUGGCGCCACUGCAUGUGUCCUGUCUGCACUAGAAUCUAGUUGUGUUAGUGAGCAUGUGUUCAAACAU